AUGGUGGAGGGGCAAGGAGGGAGCAGUAGCGGCGGAGUUGGGUUGGACAUGGAGGCUGAUUCUUGUAGGACAACCACGAUAACUCACCUGCCGGCGGCCGUGAUGGGGACGGUGCUGCUGAAGCUGGACGUGCCCUCCCUGUGCUCCGUUGCCGCCACCAGCCGCUCCCUCCACGACUGCGCCGCUCAGGCCCUCUCUUUCCUGCCGGCCUUCCACCUCUUGGUAUGCCCUAGCGACAAUUUCCACGGGUCUCGGGGAUUUUGCCCUUUUUCUGCCAUAAUCGCGAAUCGUAUAUUCUAUUUUGGCUACCUUCCUCAGGAGAUUUCUCCAACAGUAGAUCUUCUAAGGCACCUGCUGCCGCCAAAUCCGUACCUACGGAGCCUAAAGCUGGACUGCCGGAGGCUCGAUGAUUCAGUCAUUUUUGAUUUGGCUAGGCCGUCACUAGAAGAGCUCUCCCUAUUCAACUGCUACAAUUUCAGCGGAAGGCUGCUAUCUGAGGUGGGGCGCAGGUGCCGUGCUCUCAGGUAAACUAGGACGAACUAAACACCAUUCCGAUCAAUAUGAUAGCAAUUCCGUUCCUACUCCAGACAGAUUCCAAUGCUCCAUCCUUCGUUGUCUUGUAUCCCAAAUAUUUCGCAAUAUCUGUGCAUCCGUUCAUAUGUAGCGUUUCGUUCUGAUAAAUGUCAGAAGUUUUAGCUUCUGUGACAGAUUUUCUCUGAAAAACUCCGAUAAUAGAGUGAAUUCAUCUAGAAUUCUAAUAAGCCGUGUGGUAACUGUUCAUUCAUUGUCUAAGGAUUGCUGUCGUCUUAAGGAAUAGGUAUUAAGGUUUCGUGUGUGGCAAGGGCAUUGAAUCUUCAUGUUGCCAUUAUGUGUGUGUGCACGGAAGGGGAAAGGAGUAAGAAAUUGGACUUUUAUUUUUAUUAUUAUUAGUUUUAAGAGGCUAAAACUUUCUUCCUUUCACUGAAGAGACCCAUUCGGCAUCCCCAGUCAGUUAUCUCCAUUUUCUCGGUGAUAAUUGGAAAAUUAGUGUGAGAAUAGAGGUUGGCAUAACUCAGAGCAAACACCAAAGGUAUCCAAUAAAAAAGGUUCUGACUUGUAUGCAAACAUAACGCUGCAGUGGAGGAUCUUCGCUUAUGUCAUUAGUCAAUGUUUUUACAUCGGGAAAUUGGUAAUAAUCUAAAAUGCCUCAUAGAAGGAUUGUUGUUAUGCUGUGCUUAGAUUUGGUGUGCAUGUUAUACUGGUUUGAUUCGUCUUUUCUCAUAAUUGUAUUUUAGUCUACUGUUUUUCUUUAUGAAUAAUGGUAAUGUAUGGUUUCUUCUUGCAAAAGGGAAAAUCUUGUACCCAACGUCCAGGCCUCCACAGGACACGAUGGGAAUCUGAAAUGAUGAUUGAUUCAUAUUCGGUUGCAAUCAUACACCAGUUCUUAUUUCCCUCAUGAGCAUUGACGCGUCAAGAAUGAUUAUGAAGAUGUUUGUGUUCUUCAUUUUCAGAAUAAGCAACCAUAUAAAUACCUUGGCAUCUACCAAAGAGUCUGUGUUGAUUAUAGUUUCUUUAUGCAUGAGGAAACAUGAAAAAUUAUUCAUGGCGAACCCUUGUUCACUUCAUCUGAUAGUGCCUUUUUGAAUCCUUUCUUCAGUGAGGGUUUUUAUCCAUCGAAGUGGAGGCUUCCCGUUUAAAGAAAAAGUUUCCCACAAUCGUCCUAGCUGUGCUCAUGUUUCCCUUAUCAUUCAUACCUUUCUACUGUAAUUCUGGGUACCUUUCAUAGUCUUCCUCUUUUCCCCUUCAUUGAAGCUGCUCACCUGUUAUAUGAAGCUCCACCAUUCAUUCAGCUCAAGAAUAGCGAACUGCUUUUCAUUCUAUUAAUCCUCUUAGCUCUUUUUCUCCGGUUUUAACCCCCCCAUUUGCCAAAUUAUUUCCCAAGAGCCACUUCAGUUGCAUCAGGCAUGAAUUGAAAGUUUUCCAGUGUUAGCUGAUGCAAAAAGAUUCAAGUGAAUAAAAUGAUCGUAAAUCUUCCUGCUGUAAUUGAAGCACUGUUUCUUGUGAGCAGGUCACUGUCCGUGAGUUCUCUGGCUGAAAAAAAAGGGCGCGAUAUCAUAUUCUCUGAACUACAGGAGGUGCUCCAUGGCUGUUCUCAGCUAGAGGUGAAGACAUCUUAGUGCUGUUUAGUUAUAUUGAUAAUUUUCUCAAGCACGUGCUUCAAAACCGUGAGAAGUCAAUUCUAGUGGGGAUCUUUAGGAAUUCCAGUGAGAACCAAAGGAUUCUUGCCAUCUUCACCUGUCAAAAUCUUCAGUGAUUGGAGUAGGGCGGGCAUUCUAUUUCUAUCAUCAUUCCUGUUAUUAACGUCACAGUGAGCAGUAGGGCUGAUAAUCCCACAACUGGUGACCUGGUAUUCUAUUUCUUCCAUCACAUUAAUGGUGUUCAUCGGCUGAUUCAUGGCUGCACUUUAAUUAAUUGGAGGUCCCACAAUCUUCCUCUGAUGCAGACCAUGGUUUCUUCUUCUUCUUCUUCUUCUUGCUGCAGUCACUGUCCUUGUUGCUCGAUAUGUUUCUGUUUGCCGGCCCUGAGUUUGCGGAGAUCUGGAGAACUGCCUCUGGAAAACUCGCCAGCCUCGAGGUCUCCUGCAUCCCAAUGGUGGUGGUCAACGACCUCCUCCUCGGCGAGAGGGUCUGGCAGGAAGGGCCGUGCGCCGUCAGGCCGCCCAUGUUCUCUAGUCUUCAGAAGCUGUCCCUUUCGCUGGACUGCAUCACCGACGAUCUGAUCGGCUCCAUCUCGGAGGCCCUCGUCUCCCUGAACCACCUCGACCUUCAAGACGCGCCCAUGGGGGAGCCCUCGGCGGCGAUGGACCUUACCAACGCCGGCCUGCAGCAGGUCAACCGGCGGGGAAAGCUGAAGCACCUCUCCCUGGUCCGAAGCCAGGAGUACGACUUCACGUACUUUAAGCGAGUCAACGACCUGGGGUUCCUCCUGCUGGCCGACACCUGCCCGGCGCUGGAGAGCAUCCGCUUGGGGGGCUUCUGCCGCGUGACGGACACCGGCUUCAGGGCGAUCCUACAUUCCUGCCCCAGGCUCUGCAAGCUCAAGGUCUCCCAUGGCACCCAGCUCACGGACCUCCUUUUCCACGACAUCUCCGCCACCUCCCUCCGCCUGACCCACGUCAGCCUCCGGCGCUGCAACCGCCUCACCGACCUCGCCGUCGCGAGGCUCUCCUGCAACAGGGACCUUGCCGUCGUCGACCUGAGGGACAGCCGCCAUCUAGGCGACCAGGCCUUGAGACCCCUCGCCGGCCUCCCCAAGCUCCAGGCGCUGCUGCUCGACGGCACCGAUAUCAGCGACUGGGGGCUAUCGCGGCUGGGCAGGAGAUCGACCUCCCUGGUUUCCCUCUCGGUGAGGGGCUGCAAGCGGCUUUCUGACGGCUGCAUCCCCGCCGUGUUCAGCCGCUCCCUGGCGGGGACCCUGCAGGCGGUGGAUCUGUCCAGGCUGCCGAACCUCUCCGACAACGGGAUCCUCCUGCUCGCCCGCAGCGGCGCGCCCAUCGCCGAGCUUCGCCUGCGGGAAUGCCCGCUGGUCGGGGACGUGGCGGUGAUGGCGCUGGCGUCGAUGCAGGUCGGAGGAGGGUGGCUGGGGAGCACCCUGCGGCUGCUGGACCUGUACGAGAGCCGGGGAAUCACUCAGCUGGCCUUCCGGUGGUUGAAGAAGCCCUACUUCCCCAGGCUGCGGUGGCUGGGCGUGACCGGGAGCUCCAACCGGGACCUGGUCGACGCCCUGGUGCGGAGCCGGCCGUUCCUCAACGUCGCCUGCUACGGCGAGGAGCUUCCCUCCGGGCACUGGGACGGGUCCUGCCGCUGGUACGCUCCCGAGGAGGAGGAAGAAGAAGACUUCGACGGGCUCGAGCAGUGGGUGCUGGAAGGCGGAGACGCCAUCGGCGAGGAAGAGGCCUGA